AUGUCGAUGAACAGAUUGUUGAGGACAAGUUUCACUAGAAGCGCGUUGAGACGUGGAUUGGCCACGGAAGCAGGCGAAGAGACUCCCAGAUUAAAGACAUUCAAGAUCUACCGUUGGAGUCCUGACAAGCCCGCUGAGAAGCCCAGAUUGCAAGAAUACCAGGUGGAUUUGAACAAGUGCGGACCGAUGGUCUUGGACGCGCUUUUGAAGAUCAAGGACGAACAAGACGGGACUUUGACGUUGAGAAGAUCGUGCAGAGAAGGUAUCUGCGGAUCUUGCGCUAUGAACAUUGGUGGCAGAAAUACUUUGGCUUGCUUGUGCAAGAUCGAUCCAGACACGUCGAAGGAGUCCAAGAUUUACCCCUUGCCGCACAUGUAUGUCAUCAAAGACCUGGUUCCAGACUUGACCCAGUUCUACAAACAAUACAAGUCUGUGCAGCCAUAUUUGCAACGAACCGGUGUUCCCGCAGACGGUAAGGAGAUUUUGCAGAGUAUCGAAGAUCGUAAAAAGCUCGACGGGUUGUACGAGUGUAUCCUGUGCGCAUGUUGCUCUACUUCUUGUCCUUCGUACUGGUGGAACCAGGAGCAGUAUCUGGGACCAGCCGUGCUGAUGCAAGCUUACCGUUGGUUGAUCGACUCGCGUGACCAGGCCUCCAAGAUGAGAAAGGAGAUGUUGCAAAACUCGAUGUCUCUGUACAGAUGCCACACCAUCAUGAACUGUACCAAGACUUGUCCUAAGGGGUUGAACCCCGGUUUUGCCAUCCAGGAGAUCAAGAAGUCCAUGAUCGCCGAGUGA